CCCGACCGACCCCCCGCUAAAGAUUCCAUACCGACACCACCAGAACCGCAUCACCAUCGCUAUCCUCCCCACGUUCCUGUCGAGACUGCCCCGCGCCGCCGAUAUCUGUCCAACUCUCGUCCGUUGCGAAAAUAAAUUUGUUCUCGGUCAACUAGAUUCACCAUGGUCCUGGCAAGGUUGACUCAUUAUGCCUUUGAUGCUGUGCUCGUUUCCACCAUCCUUGCGGGGAUGAAGCGCUCGACUGGCCUGACUUUCCAAGCAGAUCAGAUUGGCGAUUCGGACCAGGACCCCUUCAGGAAGUUCAUGAACCGCUACCUCGGUGUCGGCGAGUGGGUGAUGGAUCAGUCGGUUGCCAUUGCAGGCUCGAGCAAGUGGUUCAAGAGAACCCGGUAAAGCGCCUCCAUGCUUUCAUGACGAAACGAUCGAAACCGGAUGGCGGGGAAACAGGCGGUCGAGGCGAGGGGAGCAUAUGGACGCCAGCCUCCCUAUGGCUCAACUGGUUUGGGGCUGGCGGAGGAGAUCAUGAUCAUGAUCAUGUUCAUGUUAUGACCGGGCCGGGUACAUGCGGGCGGUUUUCGGGGUGCUUUUCUCGAGUCGCGCGGUCUUUUUUUGUUGGCGGCGUUCAUGGACUCUCCUUGACAAGAGAAGGGGAUGCAUUUUCUCCUCUUGGGAUUCUGAAUAUCGGAUUUGGUCCUAGGAUUUUUGCGCAAUACCAUUGGAAUUUUCCCA